AUGUGUCGCAGCAUAUUAUGAUUCCUUUGAGUUAGCCCUUGUAUGUGUUUGAUGUUCCGUUUUCUUCCAGGAGCAGCCAUGCAGGGGGGCGGCGCUCCUGGGGGCGACGACGACGACCAUAAUAAACAUGAGAUGCUGCUCGCAGUUCAGACAGGUGAUGAGGAAAAACUUAGCCAAGCACUGAAACAUCUGUCUCAGAAAUGUAUGAACCAUGUGUUCCCACAUCCCGUUUACGCCACAGCUCUCCACGUCGCCACGCAGAAUAAUUCUACAGAGCUGGUGGAAAUCCUUCUCAAGGCUGGAGCUGAUCCUAAUGCUAGGGAUCUUCGGGGGAAGAAGUACUGCCCAAUCCAUUAUGCUGCACAUAAUGGAAACUUAGAAAUUCUUCAAGCUCUUCUGAAAGCAGGUGCUGAUCCUAAUAUAAAGGAAGGUGAGUUUGGUCGCACGUCGCUGCACAUCCUAGCUACUCGAUGGAAGACUAACGAAGAUAAUUUUAAAGCUUGUCUUGAUGCUCUUCUGUCGUGCAAGAAAAUUAAAGUGGACACUUUAGAUAGCAGUAAAUCUUCCCCUCUAUUUAUGGCUGCUACUAAGAGUUGGGAGUAUAUGACACGUCAGCUGAUUCUUAAAGGAGCUAGUGUUGAUACUGCUGUUGGAAAUAAGACAACAGCUGAUAUUAUCCGCAAGAAGUUACCUGAUCUUCUUGAAACAAUUGAUUUCUCUGUGAUUGAAAAGCCUCAACGAUAUUACAGUGAUGAGUUAUAUGAUGCCCUGAUGGAUGGUGAUUUGGAGGUAUUUCGGGAUAUUCUUAAUGAAAUUAAUAAGUUAGAGGAGAAAUCUAAAGCUUACAUAGCUUCUUUACUUGAUGAAGAUCAUGGAGAGUAUACACUUCUACAGUAUGCAUGUGACAAUGGUUUGGCUGACUUUGUAGAAGAACUGUUGAAGAAUGGGGCUAAUCCAGCAAGGAUAGAUGACACAAGCAAAAUGUCUCCAAUCCUCUAUGCUACUAGGAAUGGAUUUCACAAGAUUGUGGAAAUGCUUAUCAGAGCCAUGAAAGAACGAGGUGAAUUAGAGAAAGGUGCUCUGAAGCUAACAGAUUUACGGAAAGAAACUCCUUUACACAAAGUGGUAAAGAGAGAGUAUCCACUGCAGAAUGAAGGAGUAAACUACUACCGAUGUCUGCAAAUCCUCUUGGAUAAGAAGUGCUAUCUAGACAUUGAUGCCCAGGAUGAAUUUGACAAUACCCCGCUUCACUAUGCUGUUCUUUGUGACGACCAGAGCUUUGUCCGUAUAUUGUUGCUAAACGGAGCUCAUUUAGGUAUCCGAAACAAAUUUGGAACUCUUGCAAUUACCCGAAUCCAGCCAUCUGUGCUUGAGGAAGUUCUUAAUGACUGCAUUAAGCACAGGAACAAUGUUGCUGACCGUGACUUUGAAAUCAUCCUUCAUUACAGUAUGCUGGCUCCAGCACAGGCUUCUCAACAGCCAGAAACUGAAUGUCUGCGAUUCCUGAGUGGAUCACGGAAACAUAGGCGAUUGCUGCGGCAUCCCAUCAUUGACACUUUCCUCUUCCUUAAGUGGCAGAGAAUUAGGCAGUACUACUUUUUCAAUAUCUUUGCUUAUACAGCUUUCCUUAUUCUUCUAACAGCUUAUGUUCUUAUCUAUCAUGGAACAUUUGUUCCUCCAUCAGAAGACACUAAACAGAAUAAUACUGAUUUAUCUGGAUCAGAUAAUACUACAGAAAAUUUGGAAGUUGUUAGAGAGAUAUUCAUGGAGAAUCUGGCUGUCAAAUUUGUCUUCAAAGGCUUAAUUUCGCUUUUUGCCCUCUAUAUAGCAGUUCGAGAAGGCAUCCAGUUUUUUGUUUCAUGGAAGCUGUAUGUCUCACGGCUAGAAAAUUGGCUAGAAAUCUCUAUUGUUUUGCUAACUGCUACUCUUCUUUUCAUACCAAUGGGUGAUAAACCAUUACAGAGUCUCUCUGCAUGGUUGGUCCUCUUCUCGUGGAUUGAAUUCAUUCUCUUACUUGGCCGCCACCCUUAUCUUGCAGUGUACAUCACCAUGUUUACAACAGUCACAUAUAACUUCCUAAAAUUUAUCAUCAUGUUCUCCUUCAUGAUAAUUGCUUUCAGUAUCAGUUUCUAUCUGGUAUUCCAGGUUGAUGACAACUUCAUGACAUACCAUCAGUCUCUGUUAAAGACCAUUGCUAUGACAACAGGUGAAAUAGAGUACACAGAACUCCCUCUUUCAACCUUUCCUAUAUCAUCACAUCUCUUAUUUGUGUUGUUUGUAUUCCUGAUCGUUUUGGUGUUAAUGAACCUUCUCAACGGUCUGGCUGUCAGUGAUAUCCAGCAGAUCCAGCAAGAAGCUGAAAUUGUUAGUUAUAGCAGCCGUGUAGAACUUAUUUCCUACAUUGAGUCUGUAUUUUUAGCAAGCCCAAUCAGGCGAAUUGUCCCAGGACCAAUCACAUGUUGUGAAUCUGGCUCUGAUGACUGCUACCUUGUAUCUUGUCUGGACUCACCCAACCCAGUACUGAAGCUUCUUAAUUGGAUGGGUCGAAGGACCCUCAUGUUUCACUCCUGCUUGCGUGAUCCUUAUAUAACUGUCUAUCCCAAUCGUGGUUCUGAUCGCUGGCAUGUCUGCGACUGUCACUCUUUCCACCUCAAGGAAACUCAGAUUGAAGCAGCAAAGGAUGUGGUUCUUGAGAAGGAGCAAGCAGUUGCAAACCAUCGUCUGUCUGGUUUGGAAAACCGCCUUGAAGAAGUAAUGACAGCCAUUACCACACUGACAGACAAAGUAAACAAACAUGUUCUUUGUCCAUCUCCUCAAUGACUAGUGACAGCCUCAGAAACCCUCCCAGAAGUUAUCACUUAACUAAUGUACUUAGAUCUCAGUGUGUGUGCUUAACAAUACCAUGUAUUACCUAGUGUUUCUUAUUAACAUACGUACCAGCUGAUGUUUCUGUAUUAUUUUCUACAUUUAUAGACAUUCUUCAAGUUAUAUUGUCUUAAAGUCCAAGAUGAUUAAUUAAGAUAAUUUCCCUAUUGCAGUUGAUAUCUAUUAUUUACAAACAAUUUCUUGAUGAAAUAUACAAGUCUGUGAAUUUAUCAUUUAUUAACAUUACGCUUUACAUCAUGACACACUGUAAUGUAUUUUGAUUUAUGGAUUUUAAAAAUACUUGAUUUCAUUCGGAAAAGAAUAAGACUUAAGUAAUAAUUUAAUGAGUCUUAAUAAUUGAGCUGCAUUUUGUGAUAAUACCUAGGCUAAGGAAAACAUUUAUAGUAGUAUUAAGAAUAUUAGUUUUAAGUUAUUAUUGUAGUCUAUGUAGAGAAUGUGUUCUGAGAGUAUUCCCUCCAGAGAUGUGGACUUAAAUACUAAUAUAUAAAAGGACUGGUGUUUUACAGUCAUGAGACUGUAAAAUCAAUUUUGUAUACAGUAGAAAGUUUAGAUUUUAAUUUCCAUUCUUGCAUGAAAAGUUAUAAUUUUGUACUUAAUUGUUUUUUAGUGUUGAGUAUAGAAUUUAUGAGAUGGAUUUUGCAAAAUGUAAAACCUAACGUUGCAGUUUUUUGAUAAUAAUGUACCAUGUAAAUGAAAAGCAUAAAGACUUUCAUUUAAAGAAAUCUAAUAUAAUUUGUGUGUAUGUAGAGGUGCUUAAUUUUACAGGUUACUCAAGAUUUACCAGCUGUGGUUUACCUGGAAACCUGGAGUUUACCUGUGGUGUUUGCAAAAUCUUCAUUAGUUAUUUUUUUAUGUAUUGCAAAGUUGCCUUUUUUUAUAUACAUUAAUGUACCUUUUACUUUUGAAAGAAAUAUGUUGAUAUAACAGGAUAGAACCUGAUAUAUUCAUUACCUCUCCUGUAGACCCAUGGAUGCAAGUACAACAGACAGAAAUCUUUAAUAUUCUGUCAUGCCUUACAACAGACAUCAGCAGGCUUAAGAUUAUGUAAUGUCCAAAAGAUAUUUUGAUUUUAUUUACAUUUUACAUUGGCUUUUUGGUAGUUAGUUAUAUGUUAAACUACUAGUUACCGAUUGUUUAUUAUUAUACUAGUAUCCCCUUUAUUCCACAUUCUUUUAUUAUCUGACAAUAAAAAUAAUUGUGACUGAUUUUUAAUCAUCUGAUGUUUUCAGCUUACAAGAGUAAGAACCUGUUUUCAUAUUGACAACUUUACUGUUAAUCUAACUUUAGUUCGAGUGGUCACACAGGGAUGGCAGGAACUGCUGGCUGGAUGCUUCUGAAAAGUUGUUUACACAAAAAUGGUAGAAAUAGAAAUUUAUUUUCAUAGGAAUCUCAUAAAAAUCCAAUUGAUUUUGUGUAUGAAAACACUCAAAAAGUUCUAAGCAUGUAUUGGUAAACAUAAAUAUAAUGGGUCAGAUUAUUCUUAUUUCACUGAAGGAAGCAGCUUUUGCAUUUGUUUUCCAUAAUAGUGUGCAAGUAAAAUCUGUUUAUAACAGUGUUUGGAUGAUAAUUUGUGAAAUUAAGCUAUUUGUGUUAGGAAUAUAUUCUUUUAAAGUCUGCUGUUCCAGCAAACUCAGAGUAGAGCAUUUCUUAGUAUCCCUCGCUUCCUUCCUUGUUGAGUUUAAUGGCUAUUGACCUAUAAAGAGGUCAUUAGGACAGAGCGUUCUAUUUUAUGAACUGACUCAAGAUCACCUAGCAGCAGAGGAAGGAACAAAGAAGAAGCAACCUAUGACUACCUGAAUGUUAACAACAUAAACGAGGAAAUGUAGUGUGGAUUGUCAGUUUUAGUGUGAGGUGAAUGAUGUAGACUUAUGUUUUAGGUUUUCCUAGUCAAAAGAAGUUACACGAAAAAACACAACGUACAUUAAAUAUGAAAGCAUGGGAGAGGUGCCUAAGUAGAUGAGGAGGCAGAAAGUCAAAUUCACAAGUAUGAUGUGUGUAGUAGCAGGAAGGGACCACUAGGCAUGAGGUAAGAUAGGGAAAGAUGUUACCUACACAUAAAUGAGUAUGUACAGGUACAAGAACAUAAACUACAUCACCUUGAUCAAAUCUGUCUCUAUGAGGAAUUGAAUCAGGGUGCUGAAUGAUGAUGAUGGAUGGAUAGUUAUCAUGGAGAUAGGAGUCAGCUGUGAACGGGAGGCAUUUCCAUUCACAGAGACGAAGGAGAGAAUGAGGAGGAUGUAGAGAGAACAGGAUGUGGGAUAGGAUGAAGAAACUGCUGCAGGAACACUGUGGGGGAGACUGACGUUUGAAAUGGAGCUUGAGGUGAGUGAGGUAGAUGCAGUUGAAACAAAAACAGGCCAGUACAGCUCCCUCACUCACAACGGUUGAGAUGAUUAAAGGAAGGCUAGUUAGCUAUGGAUGGUUUGAACUUUUGUAUAGUCAGUAUGGUCUGCUGACUUUACCACAGAAGGUUGAUAAAUUUCUUCCCCAUAGAGAAUAGUGCCUCUGGUUCCAGAGGACCCAAGAAAUCCCCAAGGGUUAGAAUAAUGUAAACUGGGG